UUGACAGAAUUUCAAAAAAAUGGCGGACAGACGACAAACAAACUGGCAAAACUCGCCCCAUACAAGGCUAAGAAACGCCAACAAUACGUUACUUCACAAUCUAAAACAAGGGCAGAAGGAAAUCAGAUCAAUACUCAAAGAAAUGCAAUCGCAAAGACCUUUACAUUCAACUUUUCAACGCGAUAAAACAGAAACUAGCUUCACAGCUCGUGGACUCGAUCGAACACCUACAACCGUUCAACGAUCAGAAAACACGAAAGAAUAUUUACAAGACGCUGAUACAAGUACACCAAAAAGUUACCGAGACGCUCUUGUAGGACCUGGGAAUGAUAGGAGAUCAAGAAGUUUAGAAGCAACACCGAAUUCAAUCCUUAGAAAUUCUAGUAAUAAGAGAAAGACACCAAAGAAAGGCCUUCGAGUCAGCUUCCAAACAGAUGAAAAUAGCAAUCCGAUCUACAAUGAUUUAAAUAAUAGAUCAAUGCUUGGAUAUGAUUGGAUAGCUGGUAUCCUUGACAACACAUYUUACCUUGCUGAAAAGAAUGAUGACUUUUUUGAAGAUUUAAAAGAGUUUAGAAGAGUCAACAAAGAUGAAUGUUACAGUAGCAAUUUACAGCAAUCAUCUUUAAUUCAACCAUUUCAUUCUACCACACCUCGAAAAGAUGCUGAUGAUGAUGACGAAGACUGGAAGCCAUAUACUUGUACAAAUACUUACAGACUAAAUGAAAGACUCUUUGCAGAGAAAGUUCACAAUGAUGAUGUAUCUUGUGGAGUUUGCUACACUAAACCUCCACCUGAAUACGAAACAGAGGACAGCUAUGUAAGAGUAAGUGUCCCGAGGUCAACACUGAUGUCACCUUAUAAAGUCAAGCCACAUAGGCGUGUAAGCUUUGACCCCACGGACUCUAUAGGACUGUCAUCGCAUUGCUUGGCUGGAUGGGAGAGCUCUAAACCUGCUGUCGUUCCUCCACAAACAUCGCUUGAUUUGAGAACUUCGUUAUAUAAGACAAAAGAAGCUUUGAAUUCCUCGAAAACAUUCCGUUUCUCAUCUGAACCCCAAAGUACAAGAGAUUUACUGGAUAGAAGUCACUCAAUGAGAUACGGCUUACAAGUCCUGGAUAUGCAACGAGGCUUGUCUGAUCGCCAGGCGCAUUCAACACCUUAUCCUCUUCUAUGAAGUCAAAAAUACGUUGAGUACUCAAUAUCGCUGUAUUGCCUCUACAUUGACUUUUGAAUGCGUUGAUUGAAAAGACUCUGAUUUUCGAAUGUGUGCAUGCUUGUAUUUCGUGUAAUUUCAAAAUUAUUUAUUUGCGAUGACGCUUUUACCGUGUUGAAAUGAUUAAAACUAAAUAACAAUAUUUACAAUAAAAUUUACAAUAAUUUCAAAAUUAUUUAUUUGC